AUGAGUGGUCGGCCGAAAGGGCGACCAUCGACUGAAGCAGAGGACAAACUUUUCGAGAAAUAUAAGUAUGUGCGGUUUGUAGAGCGGCAGAAGGUCGAGCGGAAGCUCAAAGGUUGCCGUCGGGAAUUGGCUGAAUGCAUUCAGGGAAAAUCCGAGGCGAAUCCGGAGGAAAUUCAACAGCGGAUAAACGGCCAUCUUGGAGACUUGCAGUACAUAAAAUUUUACCCACACGGGGAAAAGUACAUAUCCCUCUUCCCUAAGGAUGGAAAAUUAAAACCGCGUGAAUCGGCGAAACAGAAGUCUAUUCGGGAGUCUAUACGGAACCGGCUGGAGAGUAAAAAGGAGAUCGAGGAACGCACCUUGGAGAAACAAGAGACUAAGGAGACCGUGGAGAAACGUGAAACUGUUGAUGAUUUCUUCGCAGAUGACGAUAAUGUCUCACCGAGACAUGACGACUAUCGGUCUAGUAAAGGAAAAGGCAAGGGUGAAGGGAAAGGAAAGGGUAAGGGCAAAGGAAAGGGUCGAGACGUAGCACCAGAUAAGGGUCACGGCAAGGGAUGGAGCCAUGGAGCGAAACGCUCCCGGCAAACGGAGGAGCACAUGGAGAGCUUCAAGGCUCGUAAGACAGCGGAGGACUCGAAGACGUUUGAUGAGGAAGGAGGAGCGCCAGUCCAAGUCAAUUCGAAGAACGAACCGAUAUCCGCAUUGAAGCAACUUGAAGCGCCAUCGAAUCACCCGUCCUGGGCUGCGAAGGCUGCUCCCUCACAGAGAGGCACUCUAACCAAGUUCGAAGGUGCUAGGACGACCUUCGACGACUCGGACAGUGAUUGA